AAUCGAUCAAUCCAUCGGUCAUUCAUGCACCAAAGCAAGAAUAGCCAUCCAUCCAUCCAUAUUCGGUCUAUAAUUUCUCGAUCGAAUUAGAGGUAGAGCUAGCAAGCUAGCUGGCAUUAAUGGCGGCUUGGAUCUGGGCAGUGCUAUCUGCCUUGUUGUUUGUUCGCCUCCUCCAGAAGUUCGUCGGGAAGAGGGGCAAGAAGCAGCCCCCCAGCCCGCGAGGGCUCCCCAUAAUCGGGCAUCUCCAUCUGAUCGGCAAGAACCCUCCGCGUGCGCUACGGGACCUCGCCGUCAAGCACGGCCCCAUCAUGGGGAUGAGGUUCGGCUCCGUGCCCGUCGUCAUCAUAUCCUCGCCGGCCGCGGCGGAGCUGGUCCUCAAGACCCACGACCUCACCUUCGCCAGCAGGCCGUACCAGGACGCCUUCCACCACCUCAGCUACGGGCAGAAGAACAUCGUGUUCUGCCCCUACGGCUCCUACUGGCGCGACAUGCGCAAGCUCUGCACCGUGGAGCUGCUGAGCAACCACAGGAUCGGGCAGUUCCACGCCACCAGGAAGGCGCGGCUGGUGGGGCUGGUCGACACCCUCAAGAGGGCCGCGGGGAGCCGGGAGAGCGUGAACCUGAGCACGGAGAUGGUGAGCGCCAUCGGGGAUAUGAAUAGCAUGAUGAUGUUCGGGCGGACGUUCAGGGAGGAGACGGAGUUCCAGGCCGUCAUUAAAGAGGCGCUGGAGCUCACCGCCAAGUUCAACGUCGCCGACUACUUCCCGGCGGUGCGGUUCCUUGACCUCCAGGGAAUGAACCGGAGGAUGAAGAAGCUGCAGGAGAUCUUCGACGACGUUCUAGAGAGGAUCAUAAACGACCACGCCCACAACAACAAGGGGAAGGAGAAUGGGGACUUCGUCGACAUCAUGAUGUCCAUCAUGGAGUCCGGGGAGGCUUCUUUCCAGUUCGACAAGAGCAAUAUCAAGGCUGUGCUGCUGGACAUGUUGAUCGGAGGGAUGGACAGCUCGGCAACGGCGACGGAGUGGACUCUGUCGGAGCUGAUAAGGCACCCGGAAGCCAUGGCGAAGCUGAGGAAGGAGUUGCAGACGAUCGCGGGACCGGGGGAGAUGGUGGAGGAGUCGCGGCUGGAGAAGCUGGAGUACCUGAACUGCGUGGUGAAGGAGACGCUGAGGCUGCACCCGGUGGCGCCGCUCAUGGUCCCCCACGAGUCGAUGGAGGACUGCGUCGUGGACGGCUACUACAUACCCAAGAAGACGAGGGUGCUGCUCAACGCCUGGGCCAUCGGGCGGGACCCCGCCAGGUGGGACCGCCCCGACGAGUUCUCCCCGGAGAGGUUCGUGGGGAGCAAGGUGGACCUCAAGGGCCGGGACUACCACCUGGUGCCCUUCGGGUCGGGCAGGCGGAUCUGCCCCGGGAUGCACCUGGGGCUCACCAUGGUCAGGUUCAUGAUAGCCCAGCUCGUCCAUUUGUUUGACUGGGAGCUCCCCGGCGGCGUCAGGGGCGAGGAUUUGGACAUGACCGAGAACUUCAGCCUUGUCACCUAUAGAGUCAACUCUCUUGAGGCCAUCCCCACCCUGCGAGCCUGAUCGUCGGUCAACAAUUAAUUAAUUAUCAUGUCGUGCUUCAUAAUAAUUAAUUAAUAAUUGUUGUUGUAUAAGUUGCUUUUCGAACCGUAGCCCUAUAGUUUCAGUUUAUUUUCAUGUAAUAAUAGAGUAUUAUUCAUACGUUGGUUGGUUCA